ACAUGGUAUCUAAUCGUUCUAAAAAUCAAAGAUUAACAACGGACCAGAACAUAAAGCUUCAGGAAUUUAUUGUGCAGGGCUCUCCAAAAUGUGAAGAAAUUGUAAAAUUCUGCCAUUGGCGCCCAGAAAACAAUACAGAGUGGCAUUCAUCAGAUUGCUGUGAAAAAUUCUUCAAACCUGUUUUUACAGAAUACGGUCUGUGCUAUACUUUCAACGAUCUUCCUUUAGGCGGAAUGACAAACAGCACAUUAAAAUGGCAGCAAACUUUUAACGAAAACGUAUCAGCUACUCCUCUAGAGUGGGGUCUAGACAUCGGCUAUCCCACUAUAUUCCCACCUGCAGCUGACAUAGUUCCCUAUAGGGUGAUGGCGUCAGGCGAAGCAAAUGGAGUCGAUAUUGAACUGUACCUAAAUAUAAGUGAACACCAGUACAUUUGUGAUGGACAUUACAGAGGAUUUAACGUCUUAAUCAGAUCACCAACAGACCACGUAUACAGUACCACGAUUCUACGUCUGCCCAUGGACAAAAUGACGACCAUAGAAGUGACUCCAACAACAUACAAAACGGAUACAUCCCUUCGAGCUCUGUCUCCUGAUUUAAGACAAUGUUUCUUUCAAAACGAGAGGAAAUUGGAAUACUUUGAAUUUUAUACAGAUAGCAAUUGUCAGCAGGAUUUGUUGAUGCGCGAAACAAUGAAGAGAUGUAAAUGCGUUAUGUUUAAUUGGCCAAGAAAAUCUAUUUUGGAACCGAUCUGUUCAACAGUUCAAGAUUUCAUUUGCAUCAAAGAAGUAAAAGCCUUAGUGGAACAGCGUCUGAUCUACGCCUACUACAAGGACAGCGAUGAGCAGAGGGAACAUCACGAAUACUCCUCAUCUUGCUACCCUUCCUGCAACGAUGUGCUUUACUCUAGCCAAGUGUAUUACUCUGAUUUAGGGGAAGAACCGAAGAGGACAACCCCUCACUGGAGUGAACCUAAAAAAGGUGAAAGAACACGAGUUAACGUACAUUUCUAUAACGACAUGUUUCUGGGUCAGCACCGACACGCUCAGUACGACGACUACUACUUUGCAGGUGCAAUAGGAGGACUAUUCAGCCUCUUCUUGGGCUUCAGCAUCAUCAGUCUAGCUGAAAUUGUUUAUUUUGUCAUGUUAAAACCCAUUUAUAUGGCAGUGAAAAAUACUUUCUGGAUUCGUUAAUAUAUAUUUACGACCUAUAUGUAUAUAAUUAAACUCUA